UAAAGUUGUCUUGUUUGCAUGUUAAUUAGGAAAAGAUGGAGGCCGCUAAAGCGAACGGCAAGGACGCGCAAUCGUGUCACAAUGCCGCUAACAAAAAGAUCAACAAAGCCGACCGCAAAACGACCACGAAUUCGAUUAAAUGUUUUGAAAAAACUAGAACCGAUAUCAGGGACAAUCUCGAUGUUAUCAUCGGUAAUCUCGUCUCGGCCGGACGCGACCUGAUGACAGAGUUGGACAAUAUUUUCCCGGAUUGCUACGCGAAGGUCAAAUGGAUUUGGGACGCCAUCAAACUACGGAUUUGCAUCGUAAAAAAGUUGGGAAUGAGCUACAUCAAGAUAAGAAAUCUGAAGAAAGACGCCACUUUCGCAAUAACUACCGCCAAUCACACGUCCGAGACCGCAGUCGAGCAGGGCACGGAGUGUAUGAGCAAAGUUUACACGGCCGCGCACUCGAAGAUCGACGCGGCCAAAAAGUCUGCCUUCAAAUGCAUCAAUAAUUUACAAACGCAUAGAGAAGAGAAUUAAUAAAUUUCUAUUUUAACCUUCGGAACUUACUCGUCGGAAAAUUUAUCGCUAUUGCUUAUUCUACUAUUUCUACCGCACUUUCUUGUUAUCCAUAUAUGCACAUCCUUAUAUAAUAUAUAUAUAUAAUUAUGUACAUUAAGACGUGCAUAAUUAUGUAUCAAGUAAUUACGCAGGUCUUUUGCAUAUAAAAAUAUAAUAAAAAUUACCAGAAAAAAAUAACAAGCUUAUUCUUCAUCAAGGAUCUUGAGACGAAUAUUAUUCCGCU